GGGAGAAAUCUACCGCGCUUUCCCUUCACGCGCUCAGUUUAAAAUGUUAAAAUAAAUAAUAUUAUGAAAUAAAUAUUACGUUAAAUGUAAAAUGUGUGUGUGUGACGACAUUGAGAAUGUGAUAUUUGGAUAAAUUGUUAAUUUACGAUCGGAAUAUUCAUGAAGCCUUGACUAUGAAGCCUUUCAUCAAACAGGCAUUCGUAGUAUCAGGCGCGGCCUUGAACAUAGUUGGCCACGGAUGCGCCCACGGCUAUCCCGCGGUGCUAUUCUCUCAGAUCAAAAGUGAUGGAGGUCCAGUCACCCUCACGGAUCACGACAUGUCCUGGAUUGCAUCUGCGGUUGGUGUGAUGGGCAUAUUAGGUAAUUUCAUAUCACCGAUCUUUAUGACGAGGUACGGCAGACAGAAGGCUCACCUCAUUUGUACGGUGCCGGCCUUACUUGGCUGGGUGGUCUUCGUCCUAGGCAAUUCCGUGCCUUUGUUCCUAUUCGCUAGAAUCCUACACGGACUUGCCUUAGGUCUCCGGACCCCGUUAGCAGCUAUACUGGUAGCGGAAUACACGGAACCAAGAUAUAGAGGGGCUUUUCUAGGCACAUUCGCUAUAUCUCUAGGUUUGGGUAUUCUUCUUGCACAUCUAUGGGGGUCUUAUAUGUCGUGGAAAAUGACGGCAGUCGUGUGUUCAGUGUUCCCUAUAAUAGCUAUGGCGAUCAUAAGUCUAUCACCGGAAUCCCCGAGUUGGUUUGUUUCCAAGGGAAAAUUCGACCAGGCGAAGAAAUCUUUCAGGUGGAUCCGCGGUGAGGGACCAGAGCAGACAGAAGAGCUGGAACUGAUGAUACGAGCUCAGGAGAUAGAAAUGGUUAAAUCUGAUAUACAUGAUAGGAAAAAAAUUAAAUUGAACACUCUGUUCGGGAGCGUCUUCGAUUCUAUAAAAGCAGCCAUGAGAGUGUUCAAAAAGAAGGAAUUUUACAAACCGUUAGUCAUAGCUAUAUGUAUGCUGAUAGUGUUUGAGUUUGGUGGGGCGCAUAUGGUGCCGGCCUAUGGGAAUUUGAUAUUACAGUCAGUGUUAGACAAAGAUGAUCCGAAAGAUGUAGCUUGGCAGUUCACCGUCAUGGACUUCCUGAGGACUAUCUGCGCUCUGCUAGCUAUAUUUCUAUUAAAGAACGUUAAACGCAGAACCAUUCUAUUCACCAGUGGAGUUUUCACCGUAUUAUCUCUAACAUUGAUAUCAGUUUUUAUAUAUUUAAGGAAAUAUGAGAUUCUCACCCACAGUUGGUUAUUGGACACUGUUCCUAUGAUUUUGAUGAUAUUUUACACUGUGUCCUUCUGUUUGGGACUUGUUCCGUUGAAUUGGGUGAUAUGCGGGGAAGUAUUCCCGUUGACGUACAGGAGUCUAGGAUCGACAUUGUCCACUUCCUUUUUGACGCCAGCUUUCGUGGUGUCAAUGAAGACAGCUCCUCAUUUCUAUUCAUCUAUAGGAGUUGAAGGAGCUUUUCUGGUUUAUUCGGGAACUUUGACGGUGUGUUUGUUGAUAAUGUAUGCGAUUUUACCGGAAACAAAGGAUAGGACACUGCAAGAUAUAGAAGAUAGCUUUAAGGGUAGAAAGCAAUUGGAUGUGGAAGUCCAGCUUAGUUUGAUGGGGAAAGAUAAUAUAGUGAAGUAACUAUGAUAUAUAAUUAAUAGGUUUAAGGAAUUAUUGUAAUUCGAUCUGUGAUACGUUUUUGUACCACAAUAUUUUAAGUAAUCUAGUUUUUUAUAUUGAUAUUAUUAAUGUGAUAGAUUAUAUUAAUAAAUUUAUAAAAUGCUGGGAAAAUGUAAUAAAAAAAGUUAUUUAUAUAUUUGUUAUUUUGAUUAACUUUGAAUUCUGUCAAUUUUUUUCAAAUGUAUGACCAUUUUUUUUUUUCAAUACUGUGAUGUAAAUAAAAUAUCGACAGAAAAGAGCAGGUUAAUUUCGAAUGUUACCAAAACCAAAUGUUAUGACAUAGUAUAUUUAUAAUAAUUAAAAUAAGGUUUUAUAUAAAUAUAUUAAUGAGUUACACUUA